GCAGCCAAAGGCACACAUGUAGCGAUAUUCUUGUAUCGUCCACGUACGAAUAGCCAUGGGCAAAAAUGACGCGUGUUCAUUUCUUUCGAGUCGAAGUUUACACAUGUUCGAUGUAUGGACGACAACACAUCCACACCAAUGCGCAUCGAGUCGAGUUUGGUAAACAUCGACCAAAACAAUAUCGCUCAGGAAUCCGAAUGGGAAAUCUUUUUUCAAUUUUCAGCACAGACGGAGUGCAUCACAGGACCAGGCACUUUAUUUCACAAGUUUUAUUGUUUCUUCUAAUUUGCGGUGUAAGAAAAUGCGUUCAAUGAAGAUCAGUAGUUCAGUACCAAGUGUCAGACCUAAUGGUUUCAGUUAACAUCAUUGAAUUGUGAGAAGUUAUUCAAAGUGCCACUACAUAUUUCUUCGAUUACUGUCUGCGCCAUUGAAGCCAUCUUUGUUUUCAAACGACCUUGAAAGUUAUUUCACGUUCAUCAAAGGAAUUUUUAGUGAUUCUAUAUCUACCUAAACAGUUUUUCUUCUGUUCGAUGUGUGGUGUAUGCGUGUUGCCCUGAAUAAAACCAACAGAAAGUGCAAAUAAUAAUGCCUCCUUAGUCAUUCGAAUACACAGAACCAUUGAUAUAAGUUAUUAGUUAUUCUUCAACUGUUCUACGUGUCGGCUUUCUAAUUUUUGUUUUGGGUUUGCGUCGAAUAAUUCACACGACGAUAAGACAGGCAGCAUGGCCAAUAGUGUGAGUAGUCAUUUCGGUGAUAGAAUCAGAAACAUGCUAGGAACACCGGAGCAACAGCAGCAGCAGCCGACAUCGGACAGUGGAGUCAAUGGCAAUAAUAAUCUUAAGAGCUUUGUUAAUCACAACAUAGCUACACCUGACAAUAGUAACUACAAUGUGAAUAGUCAUCAAACCAAAAAUGCUGCAUCGUACUGUUUGACACUGCAGAACAGCAUAAGCCUGUACAACUUUUAUGCUAACAAUGAUAAACGUGACGCAACCAAAGAUGAAAGUGCAUCAUGCAGUACCGAUACGGGCAACCUGGUCGACCAAAAAGACACCAUAGCUGGAUCAGAGCAACAGUCUACCAUAGUUUCAACUACUCUCAGUACAAAUGACCAUAGUAACACGAAUGACCUUCAAAACAAACACCACAACUAUUCCAAAUCCUACGAUAGUCAACCGGAUAUCAAUUUAGGAGCUACUUCCUGUGAUGAUCCUGCCGACAGUGACGAUCCUGCUACAACAGAUUCCACGAAUGAUUUCGUUUCUCCGGUCAAACAGCAACCACCGUCUGUAGACCACUUUGCCAGAAGUCAGCAUAAUGUUACCCCUACGACACCAGAUCAUCACGCCCGAAGACCUAUGAACGCUUUCCUGAUAUUCUGUAAGCGUCAUAGGACUAUAGUGAGAGAUCGGCAUCCAAAUUUGGAGAACAGAUCAAUUACCAAAAUUCUCGGCGAUUGGUGGGCAAAUUUGGACAAAGAUCAAAAAGCAAGCUACACGAAUCUCGCAAAGCAGUACAAGGACGCAUUCUUUACUGCCCACCCGGACUUCAAAUGGUACAAGCUACCAGCCCCACCGCUUCGGCCCCAAGGUAUUCCAAGGCCGGUGAAAACAGAUCUGUUAGGAUUGGGCUCCGAGUACGAAUAUGACGAUGGGGCACCCUACGACACAGUUGAAGUAAAGGACGAAGAGCCAUUCGAUACAGAUCAACGCACAAACAUCACCACCGGCGAGUUUAUUACCGGCGAGAGCAAAUUCAUUUAUGCAGAACCACAAACCGAAUCAAAUCCGAAAAAGAAGAACUUAGAGAUGGCGGUCUUCAAACUGGCAGAUGAAGCACAAAUGGGUGGUUUGAACAGCCUUAUGAUGGAUACGUACGAAGGAAAGAUCAAUCAAAACGAUUCUUCGCUGGCUGGCUAUUGUGACGGCAAACCGGAACAAACAACACUGGAUCCCAGUUCACCUGAUCCCGGAACACCGGUAGAACCAUGUAUCAACAUGAAGAAUCAUUUUUAUUCCAAACGUCCGAACGAUGCAAAUCGUGAGUUGAGUGCCUAUGAUAGUAAACGGUUUAAGAGAGCUUUUGAUUCUAUGCACUACGAGUACUACGAUGAAGAUUAUACCAGAAAGACUGCGCGCGCAUGCAAGGGUAAACGAUAUAAGGAAUUCAUGACGACGAGACUGAACUCGACUUCGAAGAAGGCUUCAAAAAGCGCAACCGUCGUUCGAGAUGAACAACAACCACUGGCGCAGGCCGCUGUGGAAAUCAGCCCAGCUUCUAUUGUUUCGGAUCACGCCUUCGAUGAUCCAGUGCCCAGAAGUAACGGUGCAGUGGACCAAGCAUAUUCCGGGUACAUCGCGUACGACGAUUCAAAUGUCGGCGCAAAGAAUGAUCCGCGGCACUUCGAUGCUUCAGACUUUGAUCUGGACAAGAAAAUCAAUGAGCUACCGUGUCUGGACCUGGACGAGUAUCUUACGAAAAAGAAAGACACCAAGAAGAAAAAGAAAAUCAAAGGAAAAUUCAAAUCAACGAUCAAGCCUCGCGUUACUGCCGUCGAGCAGAAGGAAAAGAUUGUCGGCAGUCGCAAGCGGAAGGCCCGCAAGGAAAGCAUCACCCGCCGGGAUGUCAGUCUGACGGAGAACCUGGUGCCUGAGACGGACGCUCUAUUCGCGCUCGCCACGUUGGCGGAAGUGGCCGCUAAUGAAAACCAUAUCGGCGAGAAAACCAUCUAAGUCAAACACAAAAAAAAACAAAAAUGAAUGGUCCAAUUGGCGGCGAUUUGUGACCGGUAAUGAUCGAACAGCCAGUGUAAUGAUAGAUACCUACUGUUUUAAGUGAAUACAGAAAUUAUUUUCAAAUAUUUGCUACAAGCAUUAGCGCCGUUUGCGUACAACGCAAACAAAAUCCUAGUAACAAACAAAAGAAGAUAUAAGAGACAAACGAUCACAUCGUUGAUAUAUUUUUAGAUUUAAAUAUCGUUGAUCUGUUUUUUUGAUUUUUAUUUGAUGUGCUAAAUGCCGAAGAUGUACCACAAACGAGUCGAUAGUGCUUGAUUCCUUGUUAUUCAUAUUUCACACUAAAAGUUGUUACGUAUUGAAAACACAUCUUUUAUUCUCACAAUUCAUAGUAUUGUCUUGAAAGUAAUGAUCUAAGAUAGAUAUUCCCUCGUUUAUUUAAAAAAAAAUAUAAGUUGAAGGCAUGCUUCAAUUACCGUCAUUAUACUACAUUCAAUAAGAAUAUGCUUCGAAAAUGUCUACGAUAAUAUGAUUCUGUAGAUGUACCCGUAAAACAUAACAUUUCUGCCGUUUCCUAGGUUCGAACAGUUAAUUAUUAUUAUAUGUGCUUAUGUUAAAUUUAAUAAACAUUAUCUGGUUUUAGUCUAAUAAAUUGUUCAACAGAAA